AUGAUUCGCUUCAUUUUAAUCCAAAAUCGUGCUGGCAAAACUAGAUUGGCGAAAUGGUACAUGAACUUUGAUGAUGACGAGAAGCAGAAGCUCAUUGAAGAGGUACACGCUGUAGUUACUGUAAGAGAUGCGAAGCAUACCAAUUUCGUUGAGUUUAGAAACUUCAAAAUAGUGUACAGGAGGUAUGCCGGUCUAUACUUUUGCAUAUGCGUGGACGUAAAUGAUAACAACUUGUGCUAUUUAGAAGCCAUACACAAUUUUGUUGAAGUACUAAAUGAGUACUUUCAUAAUGUGUGUGAACUGGACCUUGUCUUUAACUUCUAUAAGGUGUACACAGUGGUGGAUGAAAUGUUCCUCGCAGGUGAGAUCCGAGAGACAUCACAAACUAAAGUAUUGAAGCAAUUGCUUAUGCUCAACUCCUUAGAAUAG